AUGGGAUUUUGUGAUUGUGUUUUUCUUUUAAAAUUUUCAAAAUGAGUAUGAUUCUCUUUAGCUUUAUUAUCGCUGAAACUUAUGAUAGUGAAGUCAAGGCUAAGCCGGUGGACGAGAAGCUAAAUAAGAGCGUUCUGUUGGUUUCGUGUUAGUACAAGCGCGCGCCACUCGGCGAGAAGUGGGGCUGACAAAUAAACAAGUUGUUUGCUUAUUUUGAACAAAUUAAGUUUACGUAUAAUUACCGAAAAUGCCACCUGUUUCAUUGACCAAUGAUGCUCCAAAGAAGCAGUUGCGUGUAGCCAUUAUUGGACAGAGCACGUUUGCAGCCGAAGUGUUCAAACUGCUACAAAAAGAUGGCCAUGAGGUGGUCGGAGUCUUCACAGUCCUGGACAAAGGAAACCGAGAGGAUCCACUUGCAACCAUCGCAGCUACAAACGGCAAGCCGGUGUACAAAUACAAGACCUGGCGGGUGAAAGGUCAGGUGAUACCCGAAGUAUUGGAGCAGUACAAAUCUGUAAACGCAGACAUCAACGUCCUGCCGUUCUGCACUCAGUUCAUCCCCAUGGAGGUGAUCACGCACCCCAAGUACGAGAGCAUCUGCUACCAUCCCAGUAUACUGCCCAGACAUAGAGGAGCUUCAUCUAUUAACUGGACAUUAAUAGAAGGUGACACGACAUGUGGUCUGUCAAUAUUCUGGGCUGACGAUGGCUUGGACACCGGCCCGAUCCUGCUGCAGAAGAGCUUCCCAGUCACCAUCGACGACACGGUUGAUACUAUCUACAAUAAAUACUUGUACCCUGAGGGUAUCAAAGCAUUAGCGGAGGCCGUGAACAUGGUAGCUAACAACACAGCGCCCAGGAUCAAGCAAACUGAAGAGGGAGCCACCUACGACCCUGCGCUAUUCAAACCUGAAACGCAUCAGAUUGACUGGUCAAAAGGUGGACAAGCUCUCCACAACUUCAUCAGAGGCUUAGAUUCCUCCCCCGGAGCCACCACCUCUAUCAAACCACAGACUAGAGAGGGCAUUGUAGAGGGGGACGAGUCUACCAUAGAGGUGAAGUUCUUCGGCUCUUCUCUAUGGGUCGACGAGUAUGAGACGCAAGGAGACGCGUUGGUUAUAAACGGGCUGAAUAAACCCGCUGUGGUUCAUGAUGGCGGGUUGCUUAUUACUGCUAAUGACGGUGUUAAGCUAAAUAUCCAAAGACUAAAAGUGAACGGCAAAAUGAUAGCUGCCCAAAACUUCUUCAAAGCGAACGAAGAUAAAGUGACAUUAGAACUAACGGCCGAAGAGAAACAAUUCGUCGAAAGUGUCCGAGACAUAUGGAAGGCCAUAUUACGAAUCGACAUUGAUGACGAUACCGACUUUUUCGACUCCGGCGCAGGAUCUAUGGACGUUGUCCGACUCGUCGAAGAAGUUAAAGAUUUAGCGAAACUCGAACUGCAAAAUGAGGAUAUCUACAUGAAUACGACUUUCGAAGAGUUUUACAACAUCGCCAUUUUGAAAGCUAGAGGUGGUAACGAGAAUAAGGAAAUUGUCUAUGAUGGGGUGGAGAUGGAAUGUAAUAAAAUGAAGAUUAAGUUCCCAACGCAGUUGUUUAUAGAUGGGAAGUUUGUAGAUUCUGAUUCUGGGAAGACUUUGACUUUGAUUAAUCCGACCGAUGAGAGCGUUAUUUGUAAAGUGCAGAGCGCUUCGGUUAAUGAUGUUGAUAAAGCUGUGAAAGCGGCUAAAAAGGCCUUUGAAGAAGGAGAAUGGUCUAAGAUAAGUGCUAGGGAGAGGGGCACACUGUUGUUCAAACUAGCAGACCUAAUGGAGCAGCACAAAGAGGAGCUAGCGACCAUAGAGAGCAUAGACUCAGGUGCAGUCUACACUCUGGCGCUGAAGACCCACGUGGGCAUGUCCAUAGACACGUGGCGGUACUUCGCCGGCUGGUGCGAUAAGAUACAGGGCUCCACUAUACCUAUUAACCAUGCUAGGCCUAACAGAAACUUAGCAAUGACCCGCAAGGAGCCGAUCGGGGUCUGUGCACUGAUCACUCCGUGGAACUACCCGCUCAUGAUGCUGUCGUGGAAGAUGGCCGCCUGCCUCGCUGCUGGCAACACUGUCGUCAUGAAACCCGCCGCUGUAUGUCCCCUAACCGCAUUGAAAUUCGCGGAACUCUCAGCGCGGGCCGGCAUCCCGCCGGGCGUCAUCAACAUCCUGCCCGGCUCCGGCACGGUCGCCGGACAGGCGCUGGCCGACCAUCCGCUUAUUAGGAAACUAGGAUUCACUGGAAGCACGGAAAUCGGUCAAACAAUCAUGAAGUCGUGUGCGGCUUCUAACAUGAAGAAGGUCUCAUUGGAGCUGGGAGGCAAGUCGCCGCUGGUUAUAUUCGAAGACUGUGAUCUCGACAAGGCUGUCAGAAAUGGCAUGGCAUCGGUAUUCUUCAACAAAGGCGAGAACUGCAUAGCGGCGGGCCGUCUGUUCGUCGAACAAUCUAUACACGACGAGUUCGUACGCCGCGUGGUCGCCGAGACCAAGAAGAUGUGCAUCGGAGACCCGCUGCAUAGAGGCACCGCGCAUGGCCCACAGAACCAUAAGGCGCAUAUGGAUAAGCUUAUUGAGUUCGUAAACCGUGGCGUGAAGGAAGGCGCUACCCUCGUGCUGGGCGGCAAGCGACUCGACCGCAAGGGGUACUUCUUCGAGCCCACCGUCUUCACAGACGUUACUGAUGACAUGUGGAUAGCCAAGGAGGAGUCGUUCGGACCUAUCAUGAUUAUUAGCAAGUUUAGUAGCAAAAACAUGGACGACGUGAUCCGUCGCGCCAACAACACAGAGUACGGGCUCGCCAGCGGCGUGUUCACGCGGGACGUGUCGCGAGCGCUGCAGUUCGCGGAACGGAUAGACGCCGGCACCGUCUUCGUCAACACUUAUAACAAGACUGACGUCGCUGCGCCUUUUGGAGGGUUCAAACAGUCCGGAUUUGGAAAGGAUUUAGGUCAGGAAGCACUCAACGAGUAUCUCAAGACGAAAAACAUCACGAUAGAAUACUAGGCUAAUUGAACUGACGGAAUUAAGUACAUAUUACUAAGUUAUUUCUACGAAAUGUAAGAUUAAUUAUUGCUAUGUAUAGUUGUAUAAUAAUGUACAUAAAUAUUAUGUAAGUGAUAUUAUAAUUAAAUAUACGAAAUAUUUCAAAUAAAUACACGUUUUUGUAUUAAAAAAAA